ACUUGUUUUAUAGAAAUUGUAGUCAAUCUACUCGAAUGAGAUUGCAUAAAGAUGCCGAUCAUUAGUUUUAGUGAUUGAUAUAUUCGUCACUUCGAAGAGCUUCAGAUGUCAGUGUCCAAAAUGAAGUUGCUGUGGGUGUUUGUGAUUGCAUUUUAUUGCCAAGAAUCAUCUGCAGGGAUUCUUGGCGACUUACUAUCCACUGUCAGUGAUGUUUCAUCUAAAGUAGUGGGCGUAGCAGACUCAGCAAUAGGAGGUACCUUGUCCACCCUCCAAGAAGUAACUGGUAGACCUGUCGACCUCAACGACAUAAAAUUUUUCCUUUACACCAACCUCAACCCAGAAGAGCCUCUCAUCGUGAAUCCUUUAUAUCCAGUCAGCUUAGGAAGCAACUUUCAGAAAAUAUUCUUCUUAAUCCACGGCAGGCAACAGAGUACCAACAGCCCUUGGAUGAGAAAUUUGACCAGGAGUUUGCUGAGAAGAUAUCCAGGCUGUGCGGUGGUCCAUGUGGACUGGAGAGGUCCAGCUAGUGGGGAGUAUGCAUUAGCUGUUUUCAACACAGAGAGUGUUGGAAAACACGUCGCAGAGCUCAUAAAGAGAAUGAACAGAGACCACAACGUCCCCACCCAAAAUAUAGUGCUCAUAGGGUUCUCUUUGGGUUCCCAAGUAUGCGGAUUUACAGGCAAACACUUCAAACAGCUCACAGGAACCAAACUGCCCAGAAUCGUAGCUCUAGACCCUGCAGGAGUCCUUUUCAGCCUCCGACCAGAAUACAAAAGACUGAACCCUGAAGACGCUACAGUAGUUCAUGUGGUACACACAGAUGGCGGUAAGAUCGGCGUAACCCAACCCUGUGGAACCAUAGACUUUUAUCCAAAUGGGGGCAAAGACCAACCAGGGUGUCCACAUGUCGAUGGAGUCAGCAUCAAUGACAAUGGACAGAGGAAGAGAUUAUUAUCGUUACGAAACGUUGGAAAAUUCUUGAAUUCUGUGAAUUGUGACCAUGAGAGAGCAUACCAGUACUUUGUCGAGAGUGUGGACAACGUUGGAUCUUUUGCAGCAAAGAAAUGUGCAGGUUUGACGGAGGUUGGUCAGCAGGAAUGUUCGGGAAAUAUGGUGGCAAUGGGAGAUUUAGAGCUGACUGAAAUAGGUGUUUUUUACCUGGAGACUAAGUCCUAUGCUCCUUUUUCUAAAUCAUCUCUUCAUGACUCCUUGUUUUAUGACCUGUUUGGCGGAGAUGGUCAAAUAGAUGUUAGAAUUCAAAAAUGAAGUUGAAUGUGAUGUUUCACUGAAGAAUGAAUUAUGGUAUUUUUCUUCUUUCAGUAGCUAGGAGGAUGUUGAAGGAAUAUGAGAAAGGUUGUAGAGAACACGUGUAAUACUUUAUUUUUAUCCUGACCAUUGUCUUCCAUGUUUUCUUUUCCUGUGUCCAUGAUGACAUUAAUAUUGUGAAAUAAUUUAUGCAAUAUGUAAGACAGAAUAUUCCAGUAUAAUAAAUAUAUGAUUCAUAAAUAGU